AAUUCCAACUUAACCCCAAUCACCGCCAGCCAUGAGUUCACUGACCGACGGGACCGUAAAGGCCCAAAAGCUGUUACCAAUGUCAGCCCACGCCGCUCCUAAUCGCGCGUGGGCCGUCGUUCCCACGCGCCCACCCCGGCGAUACCCCUUUCAGUCACCCCAAUCCCUCGCCCCUCUUUCCCACCAUUCAUAUUCCUUCCCUUUUCACUCCGCCGCCUGCCCUUCACAUCUUCUCCUAAAAAUUCAUAAUCGCCGUUUGGGUAAAUCUACAGAUCGAUGGGUGAAUUGACGGAAUCGUCCAACCCUCAGGCGCCUGCGCGGCAGGCCUCUAUCCGCGAGGACUGCUGGACGGAGGAAGCGACCUCGACCCUCGUCGACGCAUGGGGUCGGCGGUACCUGGACCUCAACCGCGGGAAUCUCAGGCAGAAGGACUGGCAGGAGGUCGCCGACGCCGUCAACGCCCUCCACGGCCACACGAAGAAGACCCGCCGAACCGACGUCCAGUGCAAGAACCGGAUCGACACCCUGAAGAAGAAGUAUAAGGUCGAGAGGGCCAGGAUCUCCGAUUCCGGCGGGAGGGCGGCGUCGUCCUGGCAGUUCUACUCUCGUAUGGAGCUCCUCGUCGGAUCCAGUCCCAACAAGGGAAAGGCGAGCCCGCCGGCGGCGCCGCCUCAGUUUACGCCGCAGCUUUCCCUGCCUCCGCCUCCGUUCGCCGUGCCGUUGGCCUACCGCAGGCCGAUUUCGCCGGCGACGAUGAAGCCGGCGGUUCUUCCGCAGAAGCGCCCGCUUCCGGCGGCGGCGUCGGUGGAUGGGGCGUCUUAUUUCAGGAAGAAUUACUCGGCGAUCGCCGCUGCAGCUGCUGCCGCCGAGGAUGACGGAGGGUUUGAGGGGGAUGAGGUGGAGGAGAGCCAGGAUAUGGCCGAUGAAGAAGAUGAAGUUGUUGGGGGUGAUGGGUUCCUUAGGCUGGCCAAGGCUAUAGAGUCUUUUGGAGAGAUUUACGAAAAGGUUGAGAUUAUGAAACAGAGACAGAUGGUGGAGUUGGAAAAACAGAGGAUGCAGUUUACUAAGGAUUUGGAGGUUCAGAGGAUGCAGUUGUUCAUGGAUACUCAGGUCCAGCUGGAGAAGGUCAAGCGGGCCAAACGGAACGGAUCAUCUGAAGGUAUUUAUAGCUAGCUGUGCGAAAUGAGAGUCCUUUGUAGGAGUUAUAAGGCACUGAAGUUCAUUGCCCUUUUGACUUACACUACGCCCUGUUAAUAGGUGAAAAUGUGUUUUCCUUUUUUUCUUUUUUUGUUAUGGCUGAGAGAAAUGGGAUAGCUGAUAAUCUCUGAAUGGUGUUUCGAUUCUAACAUCUUUGUAGUGUGGCUUAUUAAUCUUACUUUUGAUCCGCUUGUCGACAGAAAAUACGUGUUUAGUUCAUUUGGAUGCCUUUUCAUUUAUUCGUACCCACAUUGAACUUGAGCACAAAUAUAUAUCGAGAUAUUGUUGGUAAAUAAUGUGAAGCUAUUCCUAAUUCCUAUCCUCUCAUAUCCUUGUUAUAUAUUUCGAUUCUUGAUUUUGGAUUUUGUGUCUUCCUUUCGGUUACAGGAUUGUGGUAAUUGUAUAUAUACAUGAAUUAUUCAUAAAUUAUCUGUAUUUUCAUGUUUCACUUUCUGGGUUCUAUAUUUCUUGUCUACUUGAUUUUCUGCAAUUUCUUUCAGUUAUGUGAUGCUUCAGAACUCACAUGGUGCUUUUGCCUUUAUAUUAUUGCAGAUUAGUUAAGGGUGUGAUUGGAUGUACGUCUGAACUUUGCAAUUUAA